ACGGGUGCUCUGGAGGGACAGCAUUUCAAGAAAAGCGGACAAUUGAUAUCCCUAUCCGAGCAGAAUCUAGUCGAUUGUGAUCGCUUAUAUAACAAGGGAUGUAAUGGUGGACUACCUAUCUAUGCUUAUGUGUACAUUCAACUUAAUGGUGGUAUCGAUCAGGAAUUAGCCUAUCCUUAUGAGGAACUGGAUAGUAUUUGUCGGUUCAACCGGGGGGCUGUGGGCGCACAGGUAUCCGGUGCCGGUAUCGUACCGGAGGGCAAUGAGGAGCUACUUAAGGCGGCGGUGGCAACGGUGGGGCCGAUAUCGGUGGGCAUAAACGCCAACUAUUUGCAACAGUACGCGGGAGGGGUGUAUGACUUCCCCCUGUGCACGGCUGAUGAGAUCAAUCACGCGGUACUGGUGGUGGGCUACGGCACCGCACCCACCGGUCAGGAGUAUUGGCUCGUGAAGAACUCGUGGGGCACUGAAUGGGGUAUGGGUGGCUAUGUUAUGAUGGCACGUAAUAAGGGCAACCAGUGCGGUAUAGCAUCCAUGGCCACGUACCCAGUUGUUUAA